CGAUUUUCCUAGCCAGGACGGUGGGAUUCGAUAGCAGGAGCACACACACCAUCACCAUCACAAAAUUCAACAUGCCAAAAGCAACCACUCCCACAGCGGGUCGCCAUGGCCGGCGACACAACCCCCUCGAAGAGGACAUAUUAGCUACAGGAAUCCUCAAAUCAAAACCGUCAAAGGGCAAGAAGCGCGAGGACGACGACGAUAAGGCAGGCUUCGUGGAGUCCAAGGCCUCGAAACAGAUUUUGCGCCUCGGCCGUGAGCUUGUUGAGGAGGAUCGUCAAGAGAACACAGCCGCCCCAUCCAUCCGAAGCGCAUUCGAUCCAGAUGCCGCACGAAGGCUUGGCCUAGACGACGACGAGGAAAUUGAGGAAGUUGUCUUCGAAGACGACACCUUUGGCGGCGAUGACGAACUGCAGGAAGAAACCGGUGAAGAAAUCGAGGUGGACGAUCUUGAAACAUUCAAUAAAUUCCUACCAUCUGAACAGGAAAACCCACUGUCGGGGUGGCUGGCGGAUGGGGAUGCCGACGAGGCCGCAGCGCAAGCGCAGGGGUCGGGAACAAACUUGGCAGAUCUGAUAUUAGCAAAGAUUGCGGAACACGAAGCAAAGAGCCAGAAUAUCAAUGAUGCCUCAGCAGCGCCCUUCGAAGAAGACUACGAAUUGCCACCGAAGGUGGUAGAGGCAUUCACCAAAAUAGGGAUGAUCCUGUCGCGGUAUAAGUCGGGCCCCUUACCAAAGGUCUUCAAGAUACUCCCCACGCUCCCCCACUGGGAAGACAUUCUACUCGUAACGAAACCGGAAGAAUGGUCCACAAAUGCCUGUUAUGCCGCAACCCGCAUUUUCGUCUCAUCGAAGCCCUUGGUGGCUCAGAAGUUUGUCGAAAUGGUAAUUCUGGAAAGGGUCCGCGAUGACAUUCAUGAGACUCACAAAUUGAAUGUUCAUCUGUUCAACAGCUUGAAAAAAGCCCUCUACAAACCUGCGUCCUUUUUCAAGGGUUUCCUCUUUCCCCUGAUCGGAAGUGGAACCUGCACCCUCCGGGAGGCGCACAUCAUAUCUGCCGUCAUCUCUAGGAUAUCGAUACCGGUUCUGCACUCAGCCGCCGCUAUCAAGGGGCUGUGUGAUAUCGCAGCUCAGGAGGUUUCUCAGGGCACAGAGGGAGGUGGUGCCACCAACGUCUUCCUCAAGACCCUGAUCGAGAAGGGCUACGCACUACCGUGGCAGGUAAUCGACAGCCUGGUCUUCCACUUCUUGCGUUAUCGCAGCGUGGAUGUCGGGACUGUUCGUGAAGCCUGGGCGACGAGUAACGGCGCGAAAUCCUUGCCUGUCAUCUGGCACCAGUGCCUUCUGGCCUUCGCUCAACGAUAUCGCAAUGACAUUACCGAGGACCAACGAGAAGCGCUGCUGGACCUACUCCUUACCCAUGGCCACGCAGCGAUUGGCCCUGAAGUAAGGAGAGAACUCCUGGCUGGGCGCGGGAGAGGUGUCCCGAUCGAGCCCGAAGGGCCAACAUUUGAUGGCGAUGACACCAUGCUCGUGGACUCUUAAAGCGGCUAAGGAGGAUUGCUUGUUACGAGCCCUUUGUUUCUGCCGCCACCUCGAUGGUUUGGCCCCGUUGCAUCCAAGAAGGGAAACCCAACCGGCAUGGCGCCCUACAGGGCUGACUCCACUGAGAGUUUUGGCUACAGCUUGAGAAUUACAGGUUCUCGGGGCGCCAGCCAUGUUAAGGGCUUAUUAUGACUGUGAAGGAAGACUUGCAAGUGUCAGGAGUUUCUUAGAUGUUCAGCAAUGAGCAUGUGAUGGUCGCUUGGGUUAUAGAAUAUCAGGUCUCUUCCUUUUACGCUGCCUAUGAGACACGGCAAUUAUACACAUUCCAAACUACAUUGCGUUUAGAAUGGGGUUCACAUCCUGCAUGAGAGAGCCAAGAGUCAGACUUGCACUCUCACAAUGCCCCUUAUCCGUUGUAUCUUUGAGUGGCUGAGGAAAUGUGGCGCUAACAAAAAGUAGCAUGAGCCACACGCUAAC